AUGGCACCUCCCAGCGUAUUGAUGGUCGGCACCGGCGAGUACACCACUGGCUAUGUCGGUGGUGGUGCUUCCGGCUCGGACAAGAAGGUUGGCGUGGUAGGCCUGACUCUGUUCGACCUGCGCCGCCGAGGCAAAGUGGGCGACCUGAGCAUGGUCGGCGUGUCGGGCAAGAAGUUCCCUGGAAUUCGUGAUCACCUGCACCGCAACAUCUGCCAAGUGUACAACAACCUCGACACUUCAUUCACCUCCUUCCCCGCCGACGACCAGACCGACCCAGACGCGUACAAGACGGCUAUUGACGCCCUGCCCAAGGGCUCCGCAAUCACUAUCUUCACCCCCGACUCAACCCACUACCCGAUUGCCCUAUACGCCAUCGAGCGUGGCCACCAUGUACUAAUCACCAAGCCCGCAACCCAGCGCCUGGCAGACCACCUCGCACUGGUCGAAGCGGCGCGCAAACACGGCGUUUUCGUCUUUGUCGAGCACCACAAGCGCUUCGACCCUGCAUACUCAGAUGCUCGCGCCAAGGCCCGCACUCUCGGCGAUUUCAACUACUUCUACAGCUACAUGAGCCAGCCCAAGAGCCAGCUGGAGACUUUCAAGGCAUGGGCGGGCCGCGACUCGGAUAUCUCGUACUACCUGAACUCGCACCACAUUGAUGUUUGCGAGAGUAUGGUUCCGGAUUACAAGCCUGUGCGGGUCACGGCUACCGCUUCUCAGGGUACUGCAGCUUCACUCGGCUGUGUUCCCGAGACGGAGGAUACUAUUACUCUUCUGGUGGAAUGGCGGCGCAAGGAUGAUCCUGCGAAGAUUGCUACGGGUGUUUAUACGGCCAGCUGGACGGCGCCGCAGAAUGCCGGCGUGCACUCGAACCAGUACUUCCACUAUAUGGCUGCCAAUGGCGAGAUCCGGGUCAACCAGGCCAAGCGCUCCUACGACGUCACUACCGAUGAGCAGGGGCUGAUCUGGGUGAACCCCUUCUAUAUGCGCUAUGCCCCCGACGAAGAAGGCAACUUCGGCGGCCAGACUGGAUACGGCUAUAUCAGCUUCGAGAAGUUCAUUGACGCCGUGACUGCUGUCAACGAAGGCCGUUUGACCGUCGACCAGCUGGAUGCGCGUCCGCUGCCUACGCUGCGCAACACAAUUGCCACCACAGCCAUCCUGGAUGCCGGCCGGAAGUCGCUGGACGAGCGGCGACCCGUGGAGAUUGUCUCGGAUGGUGGGAAGUGGGAGCUCAAGUGA